AUGGGAACCACUUUAGUACCAACGUUCUUACUGGAGGAUGGACUACCGUACGGCAUGCCAAGCGGAGCAAGCCCCGCGCUGCACCCUAGCACUCCCUUCGGUAAUCCUCCGGUGAUUCAGACUACGGUCGAAGUGGAGUUUCUGGCUCAAAUGACUUCUCUUCUGGCUCAAAUGACUUCUCUCCGGAAGGAAAUGGCCAAGCUCCAAGAACAUAACAACCUCUUCUCGUCCAAAAUAGAAGAAACCCAGCAGUUGCUUAAUCAGCAGGAAAUGCAAAAUAUUCAAUCUACGGAACCUUCCCAGAGUCUGCAGACCCCCGGUCGGCAGAAGAAAGGGAAGAAGGGGGCAAAGGCAACGCCUGCGCCUUCCAAACAGCUGGUAGUCCCAGCUCCACGGGACCUGCCUCACGUACCGAAGAAGGUCUACACCGACUGUCGCCAUCGGAUCAACGACAAGGAGGCCGAACAGCAGAGGUCUCCAAUCAGGAUCAAUGCUCGCCUGCGGGACUCACGGAUGAGGGUCCUUGGAAACAAAUCACCCCUUAGAAAAGUCCAAGGGUUGGAGUCGGAGGUAGAAUCUGACGAUGAGUAUGCCCCCUCCAAGGGCACCGAAUCAAACUACCGUUCGGAAACUCCCACGGAGUAUUCGAAGGCAAGACCACCAAGUCCGAGAAGAACUUCUGAAGACUACAGUUUCGAGGAGGUCCCAAGCCGAGACCCCACUAUCCGUCUGCUCUUCUAG